CCUCUCACUCUGAGCCUGUCUUUCUAUUUUUUUCCUUUAUUUUUUUGUGCUUUUCUUUUUGGUUUAAAAUCAAAAUGAUUUAAUACUUUUGAGCAAUUCCUCUCACUGUCUUCAUUGAUGUAGUCUUAAUUAACAUAGAAAUAAAAAGCCAAAUUCAAUGGAUUUAGGAUUGUCUAUCGUGAUUUCCUUGAGACAACGACCCAUCUUUUAAUCAAGUUUCUCUUCUGCUUUCACCUCUCAUACAACCACACAUGUAAACAACUUUCUUUGUUUUCAUUCUCUUUUUUUAUUUAAUCUUAUGUUUGUGCUCAAAACAUUACCAGAUUGUCAAGUGAUUGAUAUCUCCAAAGAUUUAAUAGUCAACUUUUAAGAAAAAUCAUAAAAAUGAGCAUCCAUUUCAUUCCAAAUGAAAUACUGGUCAACAUAAUCCAUUCACUUACAAGCCUAAAGGAUGUUCUUAAUUGUCGAUUGGUGUGUCGCCAUUGGAACAACCUGAUAAUGAAGUAUGGCACCAAAGUCGAGACCCUCUAUUACAAUAUUGCUCGUGAUUCUAUCAAAUACUAUGAAGGUCAAAAUAUUAUUAUCCAGAACAAAAAUCUAAGAAGAAGAAAUUUAAAAUUUUUAUUUGGUAUCAUACCCAAUCUAAAGCGUCUCGGUAUUUAUGGCUGUCCUCCUAGGCCUAUCAUUUACGAUUUAAUUGGGGACUAUUUCAUACACCUUCAAGGACUUUGCCUAUCUGACACGACUUUAUCAGAAGAUAAUUUUAUUCGUUUAAUGGAAAAUUUACCAAAUCUUAAAGUUUUGACAUUUUCUAGGAGAGCCAAAGAAUUUGACAAAGAGCUACCAACUAUUGACGUAACACAAGGACUAAAAGUCGCCAGUUCAUUAAAGGCUGUGCAUUUGUCUGGCAAUUUUGAGCUUGAUGACGCUUUUCAAUUUCAUUCAGGACUUGAAGAAUUGGAAAUAGAUUUGGUUGACGAAUACCAUUUUUUCAGUCCUCUAAAUUACGAAAGCUUACUGCAAAACUGUGUUAACUUGAAGAGACUCAGUGUUUAUGGAUUUUUCCCUUUGAUGGUUGUUUUUCAAAAUAGUUUUCCUAAACUUGAACAUUUCGAGUGGAAUAAAAAAGAGGACUCACAUGAUUUUGAACCCCAAGAAUACAUAGAUGCAAUAAGAGCUGCUCGAAAUUUCAAAAAAUUACCAAAUUUGAAGACACUUGUGAUUAAAUUCUUCGACGAUGUUCUAAACUGUGGAAUCGUCGAUUUAACAGAAGAUGAACUAGUUUACGCAACCUGUGAUAUGCAAAUGUAUUUAGUCAACUUUCUACCCAACUUAACAAAUUUAUGCCUUGACUCAGGAUGUGAUCUAAAAAUGUUAACAACUAGAUGUCCUAACAUCGAAAGACUCCAAUUUAAUGGAUCAUUAAGUCCUAAGCUAGAAGACUCUUCUUGCCAUUUAUUUGGUAAUUUGAAAAAAUUGAAAGAAUUGAGAGUCGUAAGUCGCUGUAUCACAAAAGACUGCAUCCGAAUAAUUGUUGAUGCUUGUGCAAAUCUGGAAAGAUUAUACGUCGAUGGAUCUUUCGGAUGGAAAGAAGGAAGAUCUCUUCUUGCCGAACUAUGUGAAAAAUUAAAUCGUGAAAUCGUAUUCGACAAAGAUAACAAAUGUAUCGAAACACUUUGGCGUGACGAUUGGCUGAAUCAGUUCAUUGAUCCGGUUCCAGAUGAUUGUUAUUGAGCUACUAUGAAAAUCUUAGAACGUGCAACGUGAAGUUUAUCAAAGUAGCCCCUUCAUAGCACCAAGUCAAGUCUAAACUCAUGUGCUUAUCAAAGAAAUCAAAUUAUCCCUUUAAAAAUCUAUUCAAUUCAGAAGAAUUUAUCCUUUCAUCUUUUUUGCUACAAUAAGUGUAUAAGUAUAAGUUGUUUUGAAAAUUUUUGAUCUCAAUACACAAUUUUUAGGUAACUCAUAUACAUAACCAAAGUAAUCAUUUUCCAAGCAUCGUAAAGAUGAUUUUCUAAUCUUCAGGACACACUAUUUGACUCCAUUUUUCAAUACUGAUAGAUCAACUACUCUUUAUCGGUCAAAAUUUUAUGCAACUCGUUAUUCUUUAACAUUUAACAUUUGAUAAAUCAUCCUACCGCAAUCAUCUUAAUUGUGCUGCAACGUGAAACCUGAUUCCUGAGGAAAAUUUAAAAAAAACAAUAUAAUUCACUUAAAUCAAUGCAAAAAAAUCACCAAAGUCUAAAUGUCUGUCAACGACACCAAAAAGAUCUCAAUACUUGGUUUAUCGGAAGUUAAUUUGCAGGUCAGGAUUAAUUUAUCAAUGUUCAAAAUUAUUUUGAAUGAGAAAUUCUAUCAGAAAAAUGAUAUCAACAUUGUAAGAUUAUUUAUUUAUUCCUACAAGUUAUAAUGAUAAAAUUUUGUAUACUUUUUUGACUGUGGAUGAAGCUUCAUCCCAUUCAAUAUGUUAACCAUCAAAUUGAUACCAUUGAAUCAGUCAUUAAAUUCAAAGUUAAUAUUUUUUCAA